AUGACUCCAAUACCGCCUCCUUCAGAUCAGCCACGUUACCGUAUACGCAAGCUCAACCACCAGCCCAAUGACCACCAUCCACAACAACAACAACAACAACAACAACAACCCUCGGCGGCUACACCCGAGUGUCCACCUCCGUCGCUCCCAUACCUGAUGAACUCGGAUGCCGCCGCCGCCAACGGCGGUCCAUUCUCUCGACGAGCCUACGAUAGAUACUGGUCCUCAACCCCGGCCGGCUGGGAUCCCAACACCCUCGGCUCCUACUACCCCUUCCCUCCGAUGCGGUCCCAGACCUCGUUCUCGAACUACCUACCGUCCGUCCCACCACCGCCCCACCACUUCCCUUGCAACGACAGCAUCCAAACCCUCGAGGAGCAGCAGCAGCUGCAGUGGUCGCAGCAUCUGGAGCUGCUGCGCCUGAGCGCUCCGUCUGCUGCCGAACAAAGCUACGCUGAGUGGCAACGCAAAGUCGACUCCCUCAAAGCCCUCGAGCGCAACACCGCCUACCGCAACGCCGCCUACCGCAACGCCGCCUACGACUACGCCGCCUACGACUACGCCGCCUACUGCGACUCCGUUUCCGGCUCCGGCUCCGGCUCCGGCUCCGGCUCUGGCCCUGGCUCUGGCCCUGGCUCCGGCUCUGGCCCUGGCCCUGGCCCUGGCCCUGGCCCUGGCCCUAGCUCUGGCUCUGGCCCUGGCCCUAGCUCUGGCUCUGGCCCUGACUCUGGCCCUGACUCUGGCCCUGACUCUGACUCUGGCUCUGACUCCGACUCUGGCUCUGGCUCUGGCUCUGGCUCUGGCUCUGGCUCUGGCUCUGGCUCUGACUCUGGCUCUGAUUCUGGCUCUGAUUCUGGCUCUGAUUCUGGCUCUGAUUCUGGCUCUGGCUCCGGCUCUGACUCUGGCUCUGACUCUGGCUCUGACUCCGGCUCUGACACCGGCAUCGACCCCGACACCAUCGUGGUGCCGCCCCCGCCGCCCAGCAACGACGCAGCGGAGGCGGCGACGGCGACGGCGACGGCGGAGGCGGACCGCAAGCCCCAGCCCGAGACGAACGACGCCGACGCCGACGCCGACGACGACGCGUCCUCCGAGUACAGCUUCGCGGGCCACCCGCCGGCGCUGACGCCGGACUCGACGCCGCCGAUGACGCCAACAGUAACGACAUCGACGAGACCGCCGACGACGAAGGAGGAGAGGGACCAGUUCACGAUGCACUACGCGGCACCGGCGCCGUGGAGCGGCAAGCUGAGGGGCAAGUUCGGGGCGUAUGCGCAGGAGGACCUGGAGCGGGCGUCGCACCGGGUGCUGGCGUGGUAUGCGGGGAAGCUGCAGGGCGAGAUUGCCGCCAUGAAGGGGAACGCGGCUGCGGUGAUGGCGGGGCUGCGGGCGAUGCGGUUGGGCCUGGAUGCCGUGAAGGCGGAUCUGGAGGUCGCGAGGGCGGAUUUGAAGGUGGAGCAGGGUCUGGGGGAGUGA